UGGAGCGAUCUCUGGCCCUGCUACAGUUGCUGUACAGACGUUUGGAUCCCCUCCAGUGCCACCAUUGGACCGCAUUGCGCUGGCGUCGUCGCCCAUAUCCCCUUCUGGAUCUCAUUGGCCGUUUUUCUGCUGCGUUACACCCUCUUCCCGUUAUGGCGCCGCCGCCCGGCCUGGCUCCGGGAGUUCGCCGCCGAGGGGGACUUCGGGCCGGCACUGAAGGCGCGGAGAACGUGGACUCGCACGCUGACAUGGCUGACUGUCCUGUCCCUGGCGGGCCUGGCGAUGGGGCUGUAUUCUCAGCUUGGCCUCAGACAGAGUCCGGUUUCCUCGAUCCUCAUCGUCCCCUCGUUCAUUUCUUGCCUUAUCCUGGCUAUUGAGCGCCCUCGUACCACCCCAGGAUCCCUUAUCAGCAUCCAUGGGUCUCUCAUCCUGGUCCAGCUUGUGCUCUCGAUGGCCGUGCCGGGGCUGCUGAGAGGAUGGGUCGGCGUUGUAUGGCUGGCCGAAGCAUCCGUGCCCCUUCUGUCUCUCGCCACGAUUCUCAACAUGCCCAUGAGGGACCCCAGCCUUGGCUCGAUUGGAAUCAGCAAGCCCUUCACCGCUCCGACCUCGAGUCUCCGGAGCCCUGAGGACGCAUUUACCCUGUGGCAGUGGCUGACCAUCUCGUGGAUGUCGCCCAUGAUUUCCCUCGGCAAGCUUCGACAGCUCAACGACGAAGACGUCUGGCUCCUCCCGCUCCAGUUCCAGCACACUCGACUCCACCUCCUGUUCCGAGAAGUCAAGGGCUCUGUCAUCGGCCGGCUCGUCAAGGCCAAUGGACCCGACCUGUUCAUCACCGCCGGCCUUGGUGUCCUCGAGAGCAUCCUCGCGCUGAGCAGCGUUGUCUUCCUCAAGUACCUGCUUGCCGCAUUGGACAGCGGCGAGGGCCGGGGAACUAGAGUGGCUAUCACAUAUGCAGUCUUGAGCCUGUUCAGUCGGUGGGCCCAGGCCCAGUCCGGCGUCCUCUCCAUCUGGUUUAGCCGGCGGUGCUAUGAGCGCUCCCGCGGCGAGAUGAUCACCAUGAUCUUCGAGAAGACACUGCGCCGGAAGGCCUUUACGAUUCCCAGCGCCGACAAUACGAAUCUUGGCGGCGGCGAGGGAGACGACUUGGGCGAGAUCGACGAUUCGGUUUCCACCGCCAGAGCCAGCAGUCCGUCUUGGGUCCACAGACUUAUCCGCCGAUUCAAGUCUAAGCCAGUGCCUCUCGCACCGGACGAGACGCCCGCGUCCACCGGCAAGAUCCUCAACCUGAUGCGCAACGACGUCUACGAAGUCGCCCAGCGGUUCUGGGAGUUCUCACAGCUGAUCACGAAGCCGCUGACCUUCGCCCUGUCCCUCGCGCUGCUCUGGGGCUUCCUCGGGCCGGCCUCCCUGCUGGGCAUAGCGCUGCUCCUCGCGGGGCUCGUCAUCAACUUCGGCAUCGCCAAGGCCCUCCUACGCAUCGAGCGUUCGCGCCGGGCCGCGACCGACACCAAGCUGAAACUAACCACCGAGUUCGUCGAGGCGAUCCGCCACCUCCGUUGGUACGACUGGCAGGACUCGUGGCUGCGCCAGAUCCUCGAGAGCCGGCGCGUGGAGCUGCAUAAGAUGGUCGUCGUCAACCUGCUCAACAAGGCCAUAGCCACCGUGAAUAUUCUUUCGGCGUACAUGUUCCCCGUCGCUGGCUUCUACGGCUACACCGUCAUCACCGGCAAGCCCCUCACCGUCGACGUGGCCUUCCCGGCCCUGGAGCUGUUCAACCUGCUGCAGAACAGCAUGCGCGAACUGCCCGACCUGCUGAUGGUCUUGCUCAAGGCUCGAGUGGCUAUGGGCCGCAUCGAGGCGUUCAUGGCCGAGCCCGAUAAGGGAGGCGAGGCCGACGACCACGGCCACAGCGAGACAGUUGCUGCUCCGAUGGCUGACGACCUCCUGGAUAUCGAAUUUCGCAAGGCAUCCUUCUCCUGGCCCGGCAUGGACAGGGAGGUUCUCCGCCGCGUCUCGUUCUCGUGCCGUCCCGGGCUGACCGCCGUCUGCGGCGAAGUCGGCAUCGGCAAGACGGCCCUUCUCCACGCGAUCCUCGGCGAGCUCGACCAGCACGGCGGCGACAGGCGGGUCCCGGACGAGAUGGUCGGCUACUGCGCCCAGACGCCGUGGCUGCAGAGCAUGAGCAUCCGCGAGAACAUACUCUUCUCGGCCGUCUACGACGAGCAGCGGUACAGACAGGUGCUCGACGCAUGCUGCCUCCUCCCGGACCUCGGAAACUUCAAGGCCGGUGACCUGUCCCUCAUCGGCGAGAACGGCGUCGGCCUGUCCGGCGGCCAGAGGGCCCGCGUCGCGCUCGCGCGCGCCGUGUACAGCCGGUCGAGAAUCCUGCUACUCGACGACCCCAUCGCGGCGCUGGACCACCAAACCGCUGAGACGAUCCUGAGGAAGCUGUUUGGCGGGAACGGCAACGGCAAGGGCGCGUCGCUCAUGGCCGGGAGGCUCGUCGUCUUCGUCACGCACCGGGUUGACCUGAUCCUCCGAUACGCGGACCAGGUGCUGGACAUCGUCGAGGGCGGCCGCGUGACGACCAUUGAUCGGCAAGAGAUGAGCGAGAGCGAGGCGCUGUGCCACCUUGCGAAGACGGCCACGAUUCAGCACGACGACGUUGCCGAUGAGGAGGCCGCGCACCCGGAGAAUACGGCCAUACCCGACAAGUUCAUCGAGGAGGAGUACCGGGCCGAAGGCGGGGUCGUUGCAUCCGUCUACUGGCGUUACGUGAAGGCUGGAAGCCUGACUUGGUGGGCCAUUACUGUCGCUUGCUUUGUCGGUUUCCGUGUCGUUAGAAUCGCUUAUUUCUGGUUCCUAAAGCAAUGGGCCGAAGCCUACCACACGUCGCAGUCCCCGUCACUCUACGGCCAGUGGGUGGGUUCGCAACAACACGAGCCCUCGCUAUGGCAGAUUGGCCUGCAGGAUCCCCAGAAGAAGUCCAGCUGGCUCGACAUCAGCCUCGGGCUCCCCAACCCGGAGUCCAACGUCCGCCCGUGGCUGUUCUGGUUCUUCAUUCUCGCGCUGGGCCAGGUCCUGGCCUUUACGCUGUCGGAGCUCACGCUGGUGGUGAUCGUGUACAAGGCCGGCAAGCGCAUCUUCACCGACGUCAUGCGGCGGGUCAGCAACGCGACGUUCCGGUUCUACGACGUGACGCCCGUGGGCCGGCUAAUGAACCGGGUGACGUCGGACAUUGGCACCAUGGAUGGCCAGAUCGCCAACCAGGUGAUGCAGGUGGCGUGGUCCGGGGUCGGCUGGCUCUCGUCGGUGGUGGUUAUCGCCGCGAUGACGCCCGUCUUCCUCGUCCUCACACUCAUCAUGACCUCGCUGUUCGUCUACAUCUUCAUGCGCUUCCUCCCGACGUCGCAGUCGCUACGCCGGCUCGAGACGACGUCGCUGAGCCCGCUCAUGUCCAACUUCGGCACCCUCCUCGAGGGGCUGACCACGGUGCGCGCCUUCCGGGCCCAGCCGAACUUCCAGGCCCGCGUCGUCAGCACGACGGACGACUUCCAGAAGAUGGAUCACUUCUUCUGGUCGCUGCAGGCGUGGCUCUCCUACCGCUUUGACACCCUCUCGGCCCUCUCCACCUUCGCCAUGACCGUCACCGCCCUCCGCUCAGGGCUAUCCUCGGGCUCGGUGGCCUUCGUGCUCGCCGCCGCCGGCAACUUCGUCCUCGCCACCCACCAGCUCUGCCGCAAGUACGGCGAGCUGCAGAUGCAGUUCGUCUCGGUCGAGCGCGUCAUCGAGCUCCUGGACCUCGAGCAGGAGCCGGCGGGCGACGUGACCCCGCCCGCGGGCUGGCCGACCUACGACGACGACGUCGUCUUCGACAACGUCACGCUGCGCUACGCCCGGGGCCUCGACCCGGCCCUCGUCGGCGCGUCCUUCCGCAUCCCCGCCGGCUCGACCGUCGCCGUCACGGGCCGCACCGGCUCCGGGAAGAGCACCCUCGCGCUGGCCCUCGUGGGGGCCGUCCUCCCCGACACCGACGACGACGAUGCAGAAGCCGGAUCGGGCACAGGGUCGAUCCGCAUCGGCGGCGUGGACGUCGCCCGCGCCGACAAGCACGCCCUCCGCCGGUCCGUCAGCUUCGUCGCACAGGACCCGGUCCUGUUCCCCGGGACGGUGCGCGUCAACCUCGACCCCCUGCGCGAGCACUCCGACGCCGAGUGCGCGGCCGUGCUGGCGCGCGUGCUGGGCGGCGGCGGCGCGGCGGCAGACCUGGCGCUGGGGAGCCGCGUCGAUGCCGGGGGGAGGAACCUCAGCCAGGGCCAGAGGCAGCUUGUUGGCCUGGGGAGGGCGGUGUUGCGGAGGAGCCCGGUGGUGAUUCUGGAUGAGGCUACCGCUUCGAUCGACGCCAAGACGGCGUUCCACAUCCAGGAAGUCCUGCGGGAGGAGCUGAGGCAGAGCACCGUCAUCACCAUUGCGCAUCGCGUCGAGGCAGUUAGGGACGCCGACUAUCGCAUCGUCUUGGACAAGGGCCGUGUAGUUGAGGCUGGGCCGGUUGAAUAGAGAAACAAGGGCUGGGUGUAGAUAGAAAACUGGGCGAGGAAGGGGUGUGAUAGACUCAUUUGCUUGGAAGCCCUGCUGCCUGGAGUUGGAGUUCAUCGAACCAAAAAAUAAAGGAGCAAGUGAUUAUGCGAAUGGAAGACUAGUAUCGCUCUGGGACUAUCGUCUAUUUGGAUUCAUGUGGUGACUCGUGAAGGUGCUCUUCAACCCGGUCCGGCUAUUAUUAUUGCACAAACUGCCGUCAAGCCAGAUACCCAAACAAGGCACCUAAACAGGGCAGCCAAACAGGGCAAAGUCCAUUGCCAUCCCUUGAUGGCAAUGACGCUGUCGCUAUUACCGUCGCUGGUAGCAAUCGCCAGCCAGGAGUAAUCAUCAGUGCAUCUGGCCGAUACACCGGAAAGGGGGCUGGAAAUUGAGGAAAACAAGGGCCUGGGGCGGAGUAUUCU